AUGCGCUUCCGACCGCGCCUUCCCCUCCACCUUCUCCUGCCUCACCUCCAGCGCCGCCCCCCGCUACCUUCCGCACCUCCGCGCAGACCGGUAUCCUCCUACCCCUCCGCGGCUGCGGCGGCGUCAACGGAUUCCGAAGAGGAUGUGAUUGUUGCUAGGGACGCACUGCUAGCGCCUCGUCAUGACCGGGUAGGACUGUUGCCUAGGUUUGGGGAAGACAGGGCAGAGUUCGAGAGGAAGGCCUCGAUUGCCGCGCGGAUCAGGCUCUGCCAUGAACUGCUGGGACAGAGGAGGUGGCGGGAGAUGCGCGACAGCUUGGCGCAUAUGGUCACUGAACAAGGAUCCGGAUCUGCUGCCACCCUCUGCGACAUUUUGUCGAGUGAAUUCAGAGAGCAUGAUUCCAUCAGUGUUUUAUGGGAUGCUCUAGCAAAUAGUUACGCGAGAGCUCAGAUGAUUCAUGAUGCGCUCUACCUUCUCAGUAAAAUGAACAGCCUAAACAUGCAAAUCUCGGUUUCCACCUAUGAUAGUUUAUUGCAUGGUCUAAGGAUGACAGACAUGGCAUUGCAGCUUUUUGAAGAAAUGGAGGCAGAUGGCAUCCCACACAGCGAAUAUUCACAUAGUAUUCUCAUCGAUGGUCUCUGCAAGCAAGAUAAAGUUGGAGAGGCUUUAUCUUUCCUUCAGGAAGCAAGGGCAUCGGGGAGGUUUAAACCAUUGGGAAUGUCCUUUAACAUUCUGAUGUCCGCGUUAUGUAAUUGGGGGUUUAUUCAGCCUGCAAAAUCGUUUUUAUGUCUGAUGUUGAAGUACGGAUUGAACCCUGACAGGUAUACCUAUUCUACUCUUAUACAUGGUCUGUGUAAAGUGGGUUCCAUAGAUGAAGCAGUGGAUCUUUUUGAGAGGGUGACAGAAGAAGGAAUGAAACUAGAGACUGUCACAUACAACAGCCUUAUUAAUGGUUACCGCUUGCUUGGUUUGACAAGAGAAAUUCCGAAAAUAAUUCAGUUUAUGAGAUGCCAAGGCAUUGAACCUGAUCUUGUUACUUAUACAAUACUUAUUGCUGGUCACUGUGAAAGUGGUGAUGUCGAAGAAGGGAUGAAAAUAAGGAAGGACAUCCUAGACCAAGGGCUGCAGUUGAACAUUGUCUCAUACAGCGUCCUUAUCAAUGCUCUCUUCAGAAAGGGUUUGGUCUAUGAGGUUGAAAACUUACUUGGUGAGAUACAUGGCCUUGGUCUGGAUAUGGAUGUCAUUGCAUAUUCCAUCCUCAUCCAUGGGUACUGCAAGCUAGGGGAAAUUGAAAGGGCGCUUCAAGUUUGUGAUGUUAUGUGCUAUUCUCAGAAGGUGCUGCCAACCUCACUGAACCAUUCAUCUAUUCUUCUAGGACUUUGCAAGAAAGGGCUGUUAGUUGAAGCAAGAUGGUAUUUGGAAAAUGUAGCUAGCAGAUAUCAGCCAGGUGAUGUAGUACUCUAUAAUGUAGUUAUUGAUGGUUAUGCAAAGAUUGGUGAUAUUGGUAAUGCUGUUCGUCUGUAUGAUCAGAUUGUCGUAGCUGGUAUGUUGCCGACCAUUAUCACUUGUAAUUCUCUUCUUUAUGGCUACUGUAAAUUUGGGGAUUUACAAGCUGCAGAGAGCUACUUUAGGGCUAUUCAGAUAAGUAGUCUGCGUCCAACAAUGGUGACAUAUACCACCUUUAUGGAUGCACUCUCUGAAGCUGGAGAAGUUAACACUGUGCUCAGUCUUUUCUACGAAAUGGUUGAAGAAGGGAUCAAGCCAAAUGCUGUAACUUACAGUGUUAUUAUUAAAGGACUUUGCAAGCAGCUCAGAUUCCAUGAUGCUAUCCAUUUUCUGGAUAAUAUGCACGUGGAAGGUGUUAUUGCUGACCCAAUAAUUUACAAUAACCUUAUACAAGGCUUUUGUGAAGCACAGGACAUUCGGAUGUCCUUCCAUAUAUAUGACCGUAUGGUAUGCUGUGGUGUAGUGCCGACACCGGUUACUUAUAACUUGCUUAUUAAUGUGCUGUGCAUGAAGGGAAAAGUUAUUCAAGCAGAAAUGUUGUUGGAUUCCCUCAGAGAAAAGGGCAUUGAGUUGAGAAAGUUUGCAUACACAACACUAAUCAAAGCUCAGUGUGCAAAAGGAAUGCCUUAUGAGGCCGUUUCAUUAAUUGGUAAGCUUAUAGAUGAAGGAUUUGAGGCUUCUAUUGAAGACUUCAGUGCUGCAAUCAAUCGACUUUGUAAAUGGGAGUUCCCUAGAGAAGCCAUUAUGGUCAUCCCAAUUAUGUUAUCUGUUGGUGUAUUCCCAGACACUGAUGUUUAUCGUGUGCUUGUUAGAGCACUGCGGAAGAGUAACGAGCUUUAUUAUCUACCCAUAUUGAAUGCACUUGCUGUCAAAACUGGCAUUUAGUAGUUAGUACCCUGAUCAUAGGUGUUAAGGGCUCAUGAACACAUGUGCUAUGUCGUCAAAUGUUUAUAUAGAUAAGGAUUGACGACACAUGAUCAGUGUGGUUGUUUCAAGGCCUAAGAUCCAUCAAUGAGGCGGAUAGGAGGAUGGCAUUAAGGUGAGCCGUCACCAUUGCCCAGCCCUACCUCGUCGGUGGCUGGAGUAACGGAAGAAGAAACAAGCGGAGCGUGACCGCGCCAGUUGCGGAGAGGCCAUGGAGACAGCCAAUUAAGCGUCGUCGAGAAUUGAAAGAAGGACUGCAGGUUGUGGAAAUUGUACUUCCACCAUGCACACAAAGAUUUCACCCUGCCAGCAGAACAUGAGCCAUGUAACAAUUUCAUGUCACGGCCAGUGUGCGAGUAUCCUCACGGAAAACCAAGUUGAUCCUAGGAAAUCCAUGAAGCAUGAAAGCACUUGUCGGAUUCAAGAAGACAUGGCCGAGGCUAUCCCUCCCACAAAAGGGCAUCUGGGCAGGGUGGCUAGCCUGGCCCUCAUAAUCCUCUUCACAAAGAUUUCUCCUACGGCACUAUAGCAUCUGCUGAGAUCUAAAUGAGCAAUCUAGUGCACGACCGAAAGCCAAAACUUCAGGGAUCUGUACAUGGGCGGUGGCUUGUUAACUCUGCCCACAUUCCUGUCGUUGUUCGUCCUUGAUGUGCUCAAGUCGUUUUCAAUCCCAUUGCUGAGUGAGAUUCCGUCGUCUUUAUGUGGUUUGUCUAAACUGCACACGCUGAUGCUGGCCUUGUACAGCUAAUUUGUUGUUGAUGUUGUAGUCAGAUGAUGCUUAUGCUUAGUGGUCAGAGACGACAGUGCUUUGCAUUUAAGACGUACGAAAUGAAUGAUGUGCAUUGCUGAA